AUGUACGUCACUCUCUACUACCUCGUCACCCGGCUCCCUGACUCCCUUCGCUCGGUCAGGGACCACUUCCUCUCCCUUUGCCCCACCACGCUCACCGUUGACCUCCUUGAGGAGCGCCUCUUUGCAGCAGAGAAGAGUAUAGUCGCUGUAGGAGCCUCUCGUGGUGACCCUCGUGCCCCUUUCUUUGAGGGGUGCUCCCCCGUCCCUCUUUUGCCCUGUGUUGCCUCUGCUACUGCUGUCAACCUCGUCGGCACCGAGUCGGUCGGCGCUGCGUCUGCUCCUAGUGGGAGGCGCCGCCACGGCAAGGGCAAGGGGGGCAAGGAUGCUGGAGGGGAUGGUGGGGGCGGCGGUGGUGGCGGUGGAGGCGGCAAAGGGGGUGGGGGUGGAGCGGCGGUGGGGGUGGCGGCGGCGGUGGUGCUGGUCGGGGUGGCGCUGUGCAGCGGGGAGGCUUUGGCGGUGGUCAGCGCCAGCAGCAGCAGCACCCUCGAGAGACCUUGUCGCCCCACCAGCUACGUGAGUGGUACGCUGGGCGUCAAAGGUCUGGGGGUGCCGGUCCCUGCACUUACGUUCUCCGCACUGGCAACCGUAGUGGGGAGAGGUGUGGAAGACCACACGCCACACUGCGCUGCUUUGGCCGCCUGA